AUGUUUUAUGAGAAAAGGAGGGAGACGGUUGUCAUGCCUGCCAUCAGUGAUGAUGAUGAUGAUGAGGAGGAAGAUGACGAAGUGGCAGACCCUGAUUAUGUCAUACUCACCCACAACCAGGACUUUCCAGGCCCAAAUGACACUGGCUCCUGUGCCAAGAAGAAGUGCAUUCAACCUGCAGUGGAAGUUCUCCAGGACAGUGGUAGUGACAGUUUCAGUGAGGACAGUGAUGGUGAUGAUGAUGAUAAUGUGCAGCAAGCACCACAAGCCCAGAAGCCAAGCAAAUCCAGUAAGUCUGCAGCUAGGCCAACCACUUGGCACAAAGUUGACCUGAACAACACAGCCCUUCCUGAAUACCAGCACAUCCCCCCUGAAUACAUUGAUAUCAUUGAUAUGCCUUUUCAGUACUUUAGAAGAUACUUUGAUGCCCAGAUGAUUAGUCAUAUCACAUACCAAACCAACCUAUAUGCUGCUCAGAAGGAUAUCAACACCACUUUCACCACCAAUGAGAAUGAAGUAAUGACAUUUCUGGCCAUCCUAAUUUAUAUGGGUGUAGUUCAGCUCCCAUCUAUUGAAGAUUAUUGGGCCAUGGAGACCAGGGUUCCUCAAGUUGCCAACCUUAUGUCAUCAAAGAGGUUCAGACUGCUGAGAAGGGUUAUCCACUUCAAUGACAACACUCAGAUUACUGAUACCUGUGACCGUUUCUUCAAAGUCCGGCCACUGUUCACCUUCCUCACUACUGCCUUCAGACAUGAGCCACAGAUCCCCAAACAGUCUGUAGAUGAGGUGAUGGUUGCCUACAAAGGGAAGACAGCUGGCAACCUGAGGCAAUAUAUUAAAAAUAAGCCAGACAAAUGGGGAUUUAAGUUGUUUGCUAGGGCCUCUGAGGAUGGUUUCAUCCAUGACAUUGUGCUAUACCAGGGCAAGACCACCUUGGAUGCCCAUGAUGUACUCCUAAUGAAUGAACAAAAAGUCUUGGGUGCCACCAGCCAGAUUGUCGCUGUCCUGGCCAGUACCAUGUCAUCCCCCACCACCACAGCCAUUUUUGCUGACAACUUUUUCACCAGCCUGGAGCUAGUGUGGUACCUCCGAGUCCACAAAUGCAGGUACACAGAGACAGCCAGGGACAAUAGAAUCAGAAAGCCUCCACUCAAGUCCAUCAAAGAGAUGGAUAAAAAGGUUGUCCCUCGUGGUAUUUGUGACUACGUUACCAGUGAUGACGGAAUACUGGCCGUCAGGUGGAAGGACAAAAAAACGGUCACUCUGCUGUCAACAGACAUGGGGGUGGUGCCAAUGUCCUCAGUCAUCAGGUACUGCAGUGAGACCAAAAUGAAGGAGCCUGUGAGCUGUCCAGCUGUCAUCAAGAGUUAUAAUGCUAACAUGGGGGGCAUUGAUAAAAGUGACAUGCUUGUACACCUCUACCGCAUCCCCAUGAAGUCCAAGAGGUGGUAUUUGCGUCUGUUUGCGUAUGUCCUUGAUAUCAGUCUCACAAAUGCAUGGGUUGUAUACAGGUGA